UACUAUUUUUUUUUUUUUUUCAAUGCGAUAUAGUAUUGACGACAUUGUAGGUAUUUAUAUACAUAUAUGUAUAUUUAUGGUUGUGUAAAUUGGUACUUACAUAUAUAGGAAUUUGAUAUAUACUCGUAUUUAGUGCACAGAAGAUCGGUGAUCUUUGUUUCUGCUGCAAAGCACAAGAGGCCGCUACCAAAAACAUGAUGAUUGGUUUAAAAAGGAUCAGCUGAUAUUUGAUUGGAACGGAGACGAAGAAAAGAACAUUAGUGAAACUGGAAUUAUAUUUUGGGGUUAAUGGUGACCGGCACGCGUUGUUCAUUAAAAACAAUCAUCAGAAGUAAACUACAAGUUAAUAAAUUAAUACUUAGCACAAACACUCAUAUUACUGAAUUAUUAAUUGUACUCAAGUUUUUUAAAUUACAAAAUUUCGGGUACUGCAAUUAGUGUAAGUAACAAUAGUCAAUUUUAUCAUUGGAUUAACAAAUGUUAACACACAAAAAAGCCAACUAACUGUUAAAUUUUUGUAUAUAUUUAUAUUUUUUGAAGUUAAGUUGUAAAAAUAGGUUUAAUUAAAAAAAAUUUUUUAUGUGCUAUUAUAAUUCAAGUGAUAUAAAUUACAAAGAUUGAUUAAUUAAACAAAACUGUAAUUAAAUUACUUAGUGAUAAAUUUAUUACUUUUUUAUAUGAAAGUAAUGAUACAAUGAUUACAAUGGAUCCGUCAAAUAAAAACAAUUCCGAGCUAUCAAUGAAGAAAGAAUGUACAGAAGAAAAUACACUAGACUUUUUGAAAGAAUUAUUUAGUUGUCUUCAUCAAACGGGUCAAGUGGUUGCUGGUCCUGGUGCAAAAUAUCUCAAUCUUCCUGGAACUCUUGGUUCCACGUUACCAAAGGUAACAUCUGAGCAAAAAGAUGGAAUCGAAAGAGCAAAGAAAUAUGCAAUGAAACAAAGUAUUAAAAUGGUUUUAAUGAAACAAACUUUGGCCCAUCAGCAACAGCAAAUGGCUAGUCAACGAAAUCAAGUGCAGCGACAACAAGCGCUUGCUCUGAUGUGCAGAAUUUACGUGGGAAGUAUAAGUUUUGAACUUAAAGAAGAUGCUGUUCGUGAAGCUUUCUUACCAUUUGGGCCAAUUAAAUCAAUAAAUAUGUCAUGGGAUCCAGUUAUUCAAAAACAUAAAGGUUUUGCUUUUGUAGAGUAUGAAAUACCUGAAGCUGCCCAGUUAUCACUUGAGCAAAUGAAUGGUGUAAUGAUUGGUGGCCGUAAUAUUAAAGUUGUUGGAAGACCAUCAAAUAUGCCACAAGCUCAAUCAAUAAUUGACAACAUAAUUGAAGAAAGUAAACACUAUAAUCGUAUUUAUAUAUCAUCCAUUCAUCGUGAUAUUGAAGAAAAAGAUUUGAAAUCAGUAUUUGAAGCUUUUGGACCAAUAACACAGUGCACAUUAUUUAGAGGAAGUUUAGCAAAUCGUGAAAAAAAUUAUGCUUAUAUUGAGUAUCAAACAAUGCAGUCUGCAGUUGAAGCUAUUUCUUCAAUGAAUCUUUUUGAUCUUGGAGGAGUUUGUUUAAGAGUAGGAAUAGCUAUUACACCACCAAAUGUAUUAAUGGAACCUUCAAGUGGUACAAGUAUGAUGCCAACAGCAGCUGCUGUUGCAGCAGCGACCGCUACUGCUAAAAUUCAAGCGAUGGAUGCUGUUGCUAAUAAUAAUGCUGCCUUUGGACUUUCAAAAUUAAGUGAUUCUGAUUCUCCAAUUUUAAAUCAUACACUGCCUGAUAUUCAUCGAUCCACUUUAUCGCCACAAACAUCCAUGUCAUCUCCAACAGCAGCAACAGUAGCUCCAGUUAUUCCUCCACCUGGAGUAGUUAUACCACAAGCAUUGACUCGGCCACCAGCAAUUAGUCAGUUUAGUUCUGGACAACCUGCUGUUAUUCCUCCACCGGCAGUUGUAGCUCCUACGGCUGUUGGUACGUUAGUUAUGCCAGUAGCUAGUGCAUCAAUUGCUGAUAUUACUAGACGAACACAAGAACAAGCUCAUUUGAAACAACAAGAGGAGUUGCAAAAAAAAUUACUUGAAGAGACUGAAUUACAGACAUUACAGCAGCAAGAAAAUUUGACAAUAAAAGGUCCAAGUGCUCGGCAUUUAGUGAUGCAAAAAUUAAUGCGCAGAGUUGAAUCUCGUGUUAUAAUACUCAGAAAUAUGGUUACACUUGAAAGCAUCGACGAGACUCUGCAAGAAGAAAUUCAAGAUGAAUGUUCGAAAUUCGGAGAGGUCCGACGAGUUAUUAUUUAUAAUGAACGUCAAUCUGAAGAUGAUGAUGCUGAAGUUAUUGUUAAAAUAUUUGUUGAAUUUUCACAAAUGAGUGAAGCGGAACGUGCAAGAGAAUCAUUAAAUGGUCGAUACUUUGAUAAACGGAUUAUUAAAUGUGAACUUUAUGAUCAAGCCCUGUUUGAUUAUAAUGAUUAUUCGGGUUAAACUUUAUAAGGCUUUAUUUAUUUACUCAAGUUAUUUUAAUUUAUAUGACAAACAAUUUAAAAUUAUAAAUCCGAAAUAUUAUUUAAUUUAU